AAAAAUUUGCGUGCACAAACUCGAUAGUCAAACAUAAUCAAUUUCAUCGCAAAAUCAAGAUGGGGUGGUGUUCAGAAGAUUUGUUUCCUACAAGAUUCAGUUUGAUCAUAUUUAUUUCAUACAUGGCACUGUUUAUAAAUCAAGGUAUUUUUGUAACAGCAUCUAAAAGUAAAGAUAACACAUACAAUUACAAUACAGUUACAGCUGUGUUACUGACAGAAUGUGUCAAGCUUGUUGCAGCAGCUUGUAUAUUUUUAAAAGAUAAUACAGUCAGUUCUCUUCUGUCAGAUAUUACCAAACAUAAAGAUGUGCUACUGUAUUACCUUGUACCAUCAGCGUUAUAUUGUUUAUACAAUAACCUGGUCUUUGUUAACCUGGCAUCAUAUGACCCAACAACAUACUUCCUGUUACUACAGUUCAGAGUUGUAUUGACGGGUGUGAUAUUUCAGAUUGUUUUCAAUAAGAAGUUGACAACGCUUCAGUGGGUGUCACUAGGAUGCCUUACAUUCGGAUGUGUCUUGAAAGAGUAUGGCAAAAUGUCACAAAAAACAAGUGACAAAUCGUCAGAUUUCAUGUCCUACCUUGACCCUCACCUGUUUCUUAUCAUCGUCCAGGUGUUCAGCUCAUGUUUUGCAGGCGUGUACAAUGAGUACCUGUUGAAAGACAAAGGUGUAGAUGUCCACAUAAUGGUACAGAACGUAUUCAUGUAUUUAGAUUCUAUCUUAUGUAACGUCAUAGCACUGGGAUUUAAAGGAGAUUUGUCCAAUGCCUUCACAUUUACUAGUCUCAGCACUAUGGCCCAACCUAGUGUGAUAUGUAUAGUUCUGAACAAUGCCGCUAUUGGUAUAGUCACCAGUUUAUUCUUACGAUCACUGAAUUCCAUAUUGAAGACAUUUGCUAGUGCUUUAGAACUUAUGUUUACUGCAGUUUUGUGCUGGAUGAUCUUUGGUAUAUCUAUUGACAUGUACACAGUAGUGGCACUUGGAAUUGUAACAGCAGCCACUUUUCUGUAUUCUCACAAACCUGUUGUCAACCUGGCCAAGACGGAUGAGCACAAAACAAAAGAAGAUGUCUAAAUAAUUCUGUUUAAAUCUUCAAAAGGCUGAUACUGUAACCAAUGAAACAAAACCAUAAUCUUGUGAUUUGUUGAUCAGUUCCUUACCAAAUUAUUAACAAACGUAAAAAGAAGUAGCGACUUAUAUAAAGUUUUUUACUGGAUCUUUUGUGAUCAGUGCUUUAAGUUUUUGUCAUGUUGUUAAAAGCAACUAUUUAUACUUUUUAUAAGUAUCAUUUAUGCACCAAAAUCUUUUGCUAUUCAGUUAUAGUGUUUAAAACCAUAAUUUUCAACCCAUAAUUUAAACUCCUUAACAUGCUUAAGGCAGUUUUAGUUUAUUUAAACAAAUUCAAAGCUGAUAUAAUCAAUAUUCUUAUCAGAAAAAUAUUAUUUCUUUUAAGGACUGUAUUUGAGUUAAACUAUUUGAAUUUUGUGUGGAACACAAAUGUAAGAAUAGGCUUAAAGUCAGAAAUUAUAGAUACUUUUCUUUUUUUUUUUAUUGACUUCCUUGUUUCUUUCUAGAAAUAUGUAAUUUCAACUGAUUAGUAUCCAAUGAAAAACUUUUUUUGCUUGCAAUUUUGUCUGGAAAUAUUGUAAAGAAUGGUUAUAAUACACAAAUGCAAUUAGUACAAUCAAACAAGUGUUCAUCCUUUAUGCCUAAAAACAUGUUUAGCCUUUGAGAAACAUUUAACCUUGAAUAUUAUAACUGUAAACUUGAAGUUACUGUCAAAUUCUUUUUUUAAUUUUAAUCUCUCUGUUGCAAAUGUGUUUGUGUGGCUUAUAUUAAGUCAAAUAUAGAGCAUAGACACAUGAUAUAUUUCAAAGUUCAGACAUAGCAGAAAACUUUCAUUAGCUGCUGUGUAAGCUACAGCAUUGUUUAUUUAGAAUAUAUAGACAAUAAAUAUACAGUUAAAUACCACUAAAAGCAAAUAUUUUCUGAAUUGAGAUUUAUACAACAAACUAAGCUUACCAAUUCAUGAAAAAUUUGCAGUUUAGCUUGUAGGAUUGUGGCAUAUCAAGGGUGAUAAGUGAAAUUCACAAUAAAUAUAUACACACAAAGUUUUUAUCUAUAGUCAGCAUAUUAUAUCUUUAUUUGAAAAUCACCAUAUUUAUAUUUAUGCAAAUGUUCUAUGCAAAUUUUUCUAUUGCUUAUUUACAAUUUUGUAUUGUUUGAAUUAAAUAUUUUUUGUG